AUGGCCGCCAGAAGAUCGACGCCCGCCAGGACGCACGCCCUCGCCGUCGCGCUCGUCGCCUCGGCCUCGGCCUCGGCCGUCAGCGCUCGAGAGUACAAUGGCAUCCUCAAGUACCAGCCCAGCAUCCCCGGCAACGCCGUCAUCGGCGCAGUCUACACGCUCCUCGCCGCCGUCUUCUUCUACUACGUCUGGCGCCACAAGACGAAAUGGGCCCUCUGCCUCCCCAUCGGCGCAGCCUGCUCGGCCGUCGGCUUCUUUAUCCGCUGCGCCCUCGACCCGGACACGGUCACCACCGGCAUCUACGCCACCAUGAUGCUCCUCGUCGUCCUCAGCCCCGCCGCCUUCCUCGCUUUCAACUACCUCCUCUACGGCCGCUGGAUCGCCGCACUCGACCCCGACUUUGGACGCCAGCCCCUCUCGGACAGGCAGGCCCAAAAGAACCGCAAGUGGUACCACCGCAGGCGCGACGGCCCCCUCCUCGAGCGCUCCCACUACUCGCUCCUGCCCCCGCGCCUCGUCGGCCGCUUCUUUAUCUGGUCCGACGUCUUUACCUUCCUCAUCCAGUCCGCCGCCGGCGGCAUCCAGGCCUCGGCCGACGCCGACUACAAAAAGGCCCAGCUCGGUGACAACCUCUUCCUCGCCGGUGUGACGCUGCAGGGCAUCAGCUACCUCGUCUUUACGCUGCUCAUCGUCGUCGCCGUCUUCCGCAUGCGCAAGCUCGGCGGCGCGCAGCGCAGCAGCCGCUUCCUCCCCGCCAACCACCCCAUCAUGAAGAUGUUCUUCCUCUUUCUCUUUUCGAGCCUCUGCAUCAUUAUCCGUUCCGUCUACCGUAUCGUCGAGUUCAGCCAGGGCUACGACGGCUACCUCAACCGGCACGAGAUCUAUCUGUUCCUCCUCGACGCCCUGCCCCUGAUCCUCGCCAUCGGCACAUGGGUCGCCAUCUGGCCCAGCACCCUCCUCGACAAGGGCGCACAGAGGGUGCGCGAGGACCUCCAGCUCACCUCGGUCGAGAGCGGAGAGCUAAAGGCCAACCCGCCCUCGCCUCCGAUGGUGGCGACUCGGUGA